AUGCGGGCGCGGACCUCCAUCAUGAUCGCCUUCACGGCCGCCGUCGCAGCCCCCGCCUCGGCCGGGCUCUGGCGGCUGCAUGCGGACGCAGCCCCAUCGAACGCGUGCUCCAGUUCGCUCACUCGGCGUCGUCAGCUCCGGCGCCUUGCAGCCUGGAGGCACGAGUUUUGGCUGAACGAGCGCAUGCAUGUCAUGGUGGAGGCGCAGCCUGCACGUAAAUAUGGUCAGAGGCAGUUCUACCUUGCCAACGUGCCUCUUCUCACGCCGGGGUCCCACAGCUUUCAGCCUGAGAUCUCGCGGGAGGUGCGCUCGGUGCUGGAGGCGUUGCGGUGUGUGUUGGUCUCCGUGCAGUUCUUCUGCCUCGGAUCGGCGUCCGGCGCCUGGGCAGCCUCGUGGCGGCUCUUGGACUUCGACGCCACGCUGGGCUACCCGGGGGAGGGCCCCGCGAGCAUGCCCACCCUGGCGGAGAUCCACAGCCGCGCGGUGCCGACGCUGAAGCACGUGCCCAAGGAGUGCCGUGGGGCAUGGGCUCCGGCGCUGACACGGUGCCUCGCGCAGGUGGUCCACACCAACUCCGUGGAAGCCUGGACGGAGCUGCAAAUGCUCCCCAAGUGCGUGCUCGCCGCCCCGCCGCGGCGCGGACGAGCACACGCCCGGGCAGCUGCCGCUUUCACAGCCGACCGCUUGGCUCGGUGGGAGCACGGCGAGCGCGCCGAACUCUGGGCAGACCUCGCCGAGCCGCAGAGGUGGAAACCUGACAAUUCGACGGAAGCCAGGCAGCGGAGGGCAGACGCCUUGGCCCGCGAAGGGCUGGACAGGAAGGCUGUGGCAGCUCUGAUGUCCGAGCCGCUGGUGGAUCCGACCGCAGAGGCCCGCCGCAAGCUGGAGGCGCUCCACCCGACUGAACCGCCACCCCCGCCUGGGCCGCCAGCCGGCCUACCGCCGGCCCCCCGCCUGACCAGUGACCAAGUGGCCGAGGCCCUCAAGUCGUUCCCAAAAGGCAGCGGCGCCGGGCCGCCAGCUCUCCGGGCGCAGCACCUGCGCGACGUCCGCACGCGGGCGCACGCUUCUACCUUGACGGAGCUCCUGACAGAAGUGGUGCAAAUGCUGGCCGGCGGCCGGGCGCCUGGGCAGGCCGGGGGGCUCAGCCUGGCGCUCUGCUACCUCGACGACGGCGUUAUCGGCGGCAGCGCCGUCGCUGUGGCCGAGGCACUGAGGGUCCUCAUGACGCUCGGGCCCCGGAUCGGCCUCCACCUCCACCUCGGCAAGAGCGAGCUGAUCGUCCCAUCGGGGACGCUGUCAGCAGAGGCGGCGGCGCGCUUCCCGCUGGCGCUCCUGCGUGGCGAGGAGACUGGCGAGAGCAGGGUAAGCUUGUCUGGCGAUUUCGAGCUCCUGGGGGCCCCGAUUGGUUCGGCGGGCCACUGCAGCGCGGAGCUCGCCAGGCGGGCUGCUGCUGCCGGAAUCGCCGCGCAAGCUGUGUCCGAACUACCUGACCCGCAGGUCGGCUACCGGCUCUUGCGGCAGUGCGCUAGCUUCUGCAAGAUGGUGUACGCAGCGCGCACCGUCGACCCUGCGGCAGCGGCUGCUCCCCUCGCCGCCUUCGACAGCUCGAUCCGCGAUGCCUUUGCCGACGUAUUUGGUUUCCAGCCGACCGAGGACGAGUGGCUACAGGCCACGCUCGGCUUCCGCCACGCAGGCCUGGGCCUCCGGAGCUCGCUGCGACACUCGGCGGCUGCGUACUUCGCUUCGCGCGCCGCCGCGAGGGACCUUUGCGCCCGGGUCGACGCCCGCUGCCGCUGGGACGUAGACGACGCCGGCUCCGGCCUCCAGCGCGCGGCCGCUACGUUGCAGGCAGCGUUGCCAGAGCAGGCGGCGCGCCUGGUGGACGCCCCUGCGAUUGCGCGGCGCAUCUCCGCAGUCGACUUCACCCUGCAGUCGCUCUGCGACCCGCUGCAGGUUGCCGCGGUGUCGGCCGCGCAAGCGGGGCAGGUGGUUAAGGAGCUCAAGAAGGCGAGGUUGCCUCCAGAGGACAUUCAGCAGAUUCCGCAGGCGAUCGCGGAGUCACGGUUCGCCGACGCCGACAAGGCAGCCCUCGACACCUGCAUCUCGGAGCUGGCUAGCAACGGCGAGUCUGCCAGUUGCGUCGCUGGCCUUCAGGACUGGGAGUCGCUCCACGAGUUCUUGCCCCAGGCAAUCUGGGAUUCCCUGCCGACAGGGGACCCUAACCCCCCCUUCGACUUUCUGAUCGACCUCGGCCUCCGCAGAGCUUCAGAGCCCACGAAGCAGACGAUGGCUUGCCUGCUCAUGCAAGCAGGGAAGGGUCUUGACGGCGCACUUCAGAUGGACGUUGCGCAAAGGACGGACUCUGUGCUGGCCGUCGGCACGCUAUUCGCGGAGAGGGUGGCCACGCGUACGCGGACGACCCCCAAUCCUGUCAUCAUGAAGUUGCCGACGGUGCCUAGUGACCUGGCGAACGACUAUCCCACUGCGUACCAGCGGGCGCACAGCGCGUUCCCGCCGAAGCGUUUCGAUCUCGACCCCGCCGGCUGGAACAUCCUCAAGCAGACUACCAAGAUGCGCCAUCGUUUAUCGGCCCGCAAGCGUUGCGAGCUCCUCGUGGACGCCCCGCCUGCGAUGGUCGCGCAGUUGGUUGCGUCGAUGAUGCCGGCGCUGCUUCCGAUGCAGUCGCAGAUCCAGCAGGUGCCCCAUCAGGUGUUGCAGCAAUCUCUCACAGGGCUGCCGAGCGGGACAGCGCAAGACGGGCCAGCAGCACCAGCGGCGCCUGCCGUUAACGCCCUGACGGGUUCCGAGCCCAAGCUGACCGUAGCCGAAGCAGCAGCAAGGAUCACAGAGGCUUACGGUUCGCAGAAGGCCGACCGCAAGUGGGCAAGGAAGGAAGAUGGCGAACCCCCUGAGCUCAAGAAGGCUGCAAAACCCGUUAUGACAAAGCCAGCGGCCGCUGGCUCCGUGAAGUUGCCGCGCGUGUACGACGAGUCAACGCGUUCUAAUUUCCUCGUCCGCUUCAUGGACCUUGCAGACACGCAGGCUUCCAUGAGCUCCCCGUGCACCACGAAGACGAAGCAGGCGACAAAGAAGGAGGGGCGCAGGGGAGCGCACAGGGAAGGAAGGCGGGCCAGCCUGCAGGCCAUCAAGACCUGCAAAGACGCGCGCAGCAAGGCCAACGUGGACGUGCCCAGUGAUGCCAUGGCGCGAGUGCUCGAUCGGCAUCGCGGCCUGGACAGCCCUGGCAGCCGCCAGGUGAAGAGCCCUGUGCGCAAGAAGAAGAAGAUGGAUCCUUCUUCAAAGCUCGGCGCCGAGCAGCUGCCGCAGAAGCACAUGGCUCUGCUGCAGCCUCCAGCGCCGCCUCCAGCGGCCCCACCAGCGGCAACUCCAGCGCCGCCUCCGGAGCAGCCGGCGCCACCUCCACAUCCGCCGCUGGAGGCGCAGCCUGGCCCCCACGGCUGGAAAUCGCCGAACGGGGAGCCGUGGAGGGCGGGGGUCAACGGCGGCAAGAAGCGGUACGGCAUCAGCGGUGGCCGCAAUCGCGAUUACUACCGCUUGCUGAAGCGCGCGCAGAAUGAGGGCCCUGCGGCUGUGGCUGCGUUCAAGGCGCAGAACCCGCGCCCGAAGGAGCUCGAGAGGGCGCGGCAAUUCUACCAGAACGCCUUGCACGUCGCCAGGGCGGCACGCCGCUUCCCGCCUCUCGAGCGAGGCCCCGCUCGAGGCUCCGCCAGCGCGCGAGCGAUGCCGAGCGAUCGCGUCGACGACGACGACACGUGCACGCAGCGGUGGUUCCAUGAGUGCCCGUUCAGCCACAAUUGCCCGCGGGAUAAGUGGGUUAAGCGCUCUCACAGGUGCCAGAGCUGGGUCUCCGAGGCGGACGCGCGGGAUAAGCUGUUCAUGCACCUGCGCUGGAGCGACAAUCACAAGAGCGAUCUGGAUGGCAUGACGGACGGCGAGCUCAAGGUGUUCGUGGAGGCGGUCGAGGCGGAGAAGCAGGAAAACAGGAGGCUGGCUGCAGAAGCCAUCGACCGCAAGCAGUACGGCGACAAGGCCCGCCGCAACGACGACGACAGGGGCCGCCGCGACGACGACAGGGACCGCGACAAUAAGAGGGCUCGCCGUGGUCGUUCUGGCAGUGGCGUCGACACGGAGCAGAUCGCUGAGUUGGUGGCGUCCAAGCUCGCCGCAUCAGGGGCUUCAUCUGCAGCGCCCUCAGCAGCAACGCCAGGGACGGCAUCGAAGUCACCAGCCGUGUUGGCGCGCAUGCAUCAGGGCAGUGGUGCCAUCGUGGACAACGCCGCGAGGGUGACCAUGAGCCUCGGCGAGCUCAAGGCGCUCCAGGACGACGUCAAGCGGGUCGCGUUCUCGAACGAGCUGCAGACGUUCAACGACGCCGACGAGACCAUCCAGCAGCUCAUCGACGCGCACUCGUCGGGGCUGGUCUUCGGCGGCGAUGCUACUGAUGCAGCAGACCUGCAGGUCAUCGCCAACACGGUGAUCAUGCCCAGCUUCUCCGACGACAGCCCUGCCCCCAUGGCGCCAGUGGCAGCUCAGAACGUGCUGCAGUCGCUCUUCCAGCGCCAGACCGCGACGGGCAGCCAGGACGCGCCGAAGGCGGGAGACGCUGUCGAGGUCGCGCCAGCAGAAUCCCUGAGCGACGCCCAGCCCGAGGCAGCCAAGGAGGCGACAAAGCCUGGCAAAGAGGCAACAGGGGACACCCUGCCUGACAAAGAGGAGGACGUGCCAGUGGAGGCUGAGGAGGAGGCGGGCGAGGAGGCUGAAGAUGAGGACGUGCCAGUGGAGCAGCUGUCGGACGACGACAAGAGGGAGGGAGAGGUUGAGGCCCUGCUCUCGCAGGGCGACCCGAAGUGCUCCAUGUGCAAGAAGGAAACGAAUCCGCUUGCACAGGGUUGUAAGAUCACCCAUGGCGGCACGGUCAUCACGUGUGCCGCGUGCAGGGUGCGCGACCCAACACUUCGACGGAUUUUCGGCGGGUGGCCGAUUGCGGAGUUCGACGAGCUCACCACGGAGGAGCAGGAUCACUUCUACCAGAAUUGCGGGUCAGCAGCUGCUGCUUGCCGCGACGCGAUGAAGGGGAUGCUGAUGAAUGUGCGCAUGAAGCGCAUCACGGAGACCCACGCUGGGCAAUUCCUGCCCUUGUCUGUGCACGAGAAGCUGGGAUACAACACGAAAUAUAUUGAGGAGAAAACACAGGCUACUGACAUCGAGGAUCAUCCAGUUCUCGGGAAGACGUACCGGGUUCAGAUCCACGAGAUCUCGGAGGCCAGGAAAAAGAAAAAGAAGAAGGGCAAGAAGGGUAAGAAGGGCAAGAAGGGAAAGAAUGGCAAGAAAGGCAAGAAGGGCAAGAAGGGCAAGCACGAUUACGAGGAAGAGCUUUCAGGGUCUGACGCGGGCCUCGGCCCAAAGGAGCUUGCGGCCAAGCGCAAGGCGAAGCUCGCAGCAGAGAAGAAGGCGGCCCGCGAGGCUGAGAAGAUUCAGAAAGCCAUGGACAGGGAGAUGGCCAAAGAGGAGGCAGCCCGCAAAAGGCAGGGACAGAAGAAGCGCACCAAGGGCUUGCAGACCGUUAACAAGGCGCUGUUGGCGGUGAAGCCAUUGCUGAAGAAGACGGGGGAUCUUCUGCGCGAUGAGCGCGCGAAGAAGGCGACGGCGCCGACGACGUGCACUGAGGAGGCCACCAACAAGCAGAAGUUUCUGAAUGAUGUUGUGGAGUAUUGCAACAAGUGCCUGGAGGACGAGGAUGUCGUCCCAGACGUCAGGGAGGAGGAGGUUAAGACGGCUGUCAACUACAUGACAUCGUGGAUGAAGAAUAUCACGGCUGCUUUCGAGACGCCGUCGUGGGCCAAGAAGAAGUCGGCGACGUGGGACUUCAUUUUGUACUUCGAUGAGUUCGUGCCAGGCAAUGUCUUGCGGCAAGGUAACAAACGCAAGACGCUCUCGUUUUACGGGAGCUUCCGCUCCUUCGGCCACGACGCGGUGUCGUGCGAGGGCGCUUGGGGCAUCCUCAUUGAUGGCAUUGGGCCUGGCGGCGCCCCUGCGCUCAUCUUCUUUAAGCUGCCGAACCUGCUUUGCGACGAAGAUGGCGCUAAACAUGCCUUGUGCUUGAAGGGCGCCGCUGGCGUAAUCCCUUGCGCUCUGCGCAAGAAUGUGCACGGCAUAUACGACCACUCGGGGCCCCUGCUGUCAGCGCAUGACAGGACGAGCACGCUGGUGCCCACUUCGUGCUCCGAUCCCAACCUGUUCGACGCGCGCGCCGCGGAGGGCCUGUUCUUCUCCGCGGACCUGCUCCAGCGUCUGCAAGCCACGCUGCCCAAGGGCGCGUUCGAGGAGCAAUGCAAGAUGCACGGCGUUAAUCACGUGCCAGAUGGUUUGCUAUUGGACGCUGAGCUUCGCCAUCACGUGUCGCUGGACAUGCGCGCGCACGACCCAGCACGCUGCAUGAUCAUAAAUGGGAUCGCUCAGAUUGAACUGAGUGAGUUUCUGUGCCGCCUCGCUGCCGUCGGCCUGACGUUGGAGCGCUUCAGGGACAUCGCCAGCGCGCAGUGGCAGAUUUGCAGCUUUUCAGCGACCAGCGGCAUGCUGGACGCCAACGGGCUUUUCAGCGACCAGCGGCAAAAGCACUUGCAGACCAGCAAGAAAUACAGCGCCAAGGCGAGCGAGAUCAUCGCGGCCGUUCCGCUCAUUCGGUACGCUCUCGAUGUACUUACCGCUGGGUCCGCUCAGUUCAAGCUGGACUUUGCAAAGGAGCUGGCUUCCUUUGCCGCGCUGGCCAAAUCACUGUUUCUGUAUUUGCUGGCCAAGAGAGGCGCGGCUGUGGCAGAUGCUUGGGCCGUGGCGCUCCGCAACCACGCCGUGGCUUUCGAGUCUGCGCGCGGUGAUUGCGGCAUGUGCAUCCCGAAGUUUCAUUUCUGCAGGCACCUGCCGCGACAGGUGCUCAGGGAUGGGUUCGUACUUGAUACGCUUGUGACGGAGAGGUACCAUAAAAAAUCACUGCGGAUCGCUGAAUUCAUCGACAACACGCGGCGCUUCGAGAAAUCAUUACUGACCCGAGCUAUUGCCCUUCAGUGCCACGAUGCGCAACAUAAUGUUUCAUUUGGGAAUGCCUUGGUGUGCGGCAUCAAAUACAACGACGCCAUGAACGUUUCGAAGGUCGUUAUUGCGGGUGGCUCUCGCAUAUCAGCUGGAGAUAUUCUGCGUAUUGGUGAGAAGCGCUAUUUUAUCCUCGGCGGUGCCGAGGAGGGCGGCAACGUGGCGUUCAUUGUUCAGGAGUUGCAUUUUAUUUGCCAGGCGUUGCCCAGCGCCUCGCGGUGGCGAAAGGACGACGCCCCGAAGUUCGCGCUGUGCGACUCCUUCAUGGCGCAGCCUCUCUGGACACAAGAGGCGAGCUUGCGCGACCGCUUGGCGCGGGCCAGCCCUGCCGCCCGGGCCGCAGUGCUGUCGGGGACUUUGCCCGGCGCCUCCGGCUUCCUGACGGCCAUGCCCAGCAAGGCCAUGAAGCGCAGCAUGGAGCCAGCCGGAUUCCGCACCGAGGUACAGAGGAGGAUUACUGCCCCCUUGUACGACAGCGCGCUAGACGUGCGCGGUUUCCACUGCUCGGUCUGCACUUGCGGCGGGGACAUGAGCGCAGCGCACCACGCGGCCCGGGACUUGACGCACUUCUACGCCGCUUCCGCGGGAUGCCGGCCGGGCCUGGAAAGGGGCCACCUCCUCCCGCCGCGGCCGGACGAUGCGGCCGACCCGGGCUUGCGUCGCCCGGCAGACGCGUUCAUGCCUUCUUGGCGCGGCGGGCCCCCAGCCGCCGUAGACCUGGCCAUCGCGUCGCCGCAGCGGCAGGCUGCCCUCCAGCAGGCGAGCGAGGUCGCCGGGUCGGCAGCGCAGCUCUACGAGGACUACGAGCGGUCCUACCUCAACACGGAGGUGCACUGCUCCCAGCAGGGGAUCGGCUUCGUGCCAAUGGUCGCCGAACGUUCCGGAGGCUGGAGGGCCUCGGGCACCCAAGUUCUGCAGCAGCUCGCACGCAAAGCUCAGGCCAGAUAUGGCAAGGCGGCGAGCCUGCACAUGCAGGAGUACUUGGAAGGCUUGAGCGUCGCCGUUCGGCGGGCCAACGCCCAGGCGGUGCUGAAGCGGGCCCCGGGCACGGCGACCGUCGCCCCUGGGGCUGCUGAUGCGGCCAGGGCCCUGCUCCAUUCAUAG